UGCCACUCCCAGCUGAACUCUCUCGACUCUCACUCCUCCCUCCUUUCCUCUCUCCAAAACCAGACCUCAGAGAGAGAGAGAGAGAAAAAAACGCACAUACACAAAAUGCGACACAACCCAGAAAACAAAAUGCGAUUCCUCCUCCCCCUCCUCCUCCUCCUCCUCCACCACUACUCCGCCGCCGCCAGAACCCCUCGCACCUCCGAAGCCCAAGCCCUCCUCUCCCUAAAAUCCUCCAUCACCUCCGACCCCUCAUCCUUCCUCUCCUCCUGGACCCCCUCCACCGACCACUGCUCCUGGCCCGGAGUCACCUGCAACUCCCGCCGCCACGUCACCUCCAUCAACCUCUCCAACCGCAACAUCACCGGCACCCUUCCCCCAACCCUCUCCCACCUCACCUCCCUCCUCAACCUCUCUCUCUCCUCCAACCAGCUCACCGGCCCCAUCCCCCCUUCCCUCUCUCUCCUCCCUUCCCUCAAACACCUCAACCUCUCCAACAACGUCUUCAACUCCACCUUCCCCCCACAGCUCUCCAACCUCACCUCCCUCAUUACCCUCGACCUCUACAACAACAACAUGACCGGGCCCCUCCCUGUAACCAUUUCAAGAAUCGCCACCCUCCGCCACCUCCACCUCGGCGGGAACUACUUCGAAGGCACCAUCCCGCCCGAAUACGGUUCCUUCCCGUCGCUGGAAUACCUAGCUGUGUCUGGAAACGAAUUGUCUGGAGUCAUCCCGCCCGAAAUCGGAAACCUAUCGAGUCUCCGGGAGUUUUAUGUAGGGUACUACAACAAUUUUUCCGGCGGUGUACCACCGGAGAUAGGAAAUUUGACACAACUGCUUCGGUUCGACGGGGCCAACUGCGGACUCUCCGGGGAGAUUCCCCCGGCGAUCGGCAGGCUCCAGAACCUCGACACCCUGUUCCUUCAGGUGAAUUCUCUGUCCGGGUCGUUACCGACGGAGCUGGGGUACCUGAAGAGCUUGAAAUCUAUGGAUCUGUCGAAUAAUAUGUUUGUUGGAGAGAUACCCAGCUCAUUCUUGAUGCUGAAGAACCUGACCCUCUUGAAUCUUUUCAGAAACAAGCUGCACGGGUCGGUGCCGGAGUUCAUCGGGGACUUACCGGCGUUGGAAGUUUUACAGCUUUGGGAGAAUAAUUUUACCGGGAGUGUUCCGAAGAAUCUGGGGACUAAUCAGAUGCUUCAGAUCGUGGACUUGUCGUCGAACAAGUUGACGGGUUUUUUACCGCCGUAUCUGUGCUCCGGCAAUAGGCUUCAAACGCUGAUUGUUUUGGGGAACUUUUUACUGGGCCCGGUGCCGGAGUCGCUGGGGGAGUGUGAGUCGCUGAGUCGACUCAGAAUGGGGGAGAAUUACCUCAACGGGUCGAUACCGAAGGGGCUGCUGAGCCUGCCUAAGUUAACCCAGGUUGAGCUCCAGGAUAAUCUGCUCUCCGGGGAGUUUCCGGCGACGGAGUGGGUGUCGGUCAGUCUGGGUCAGCUCAGCCUGUCGAACAAUCAGCUCACGGGGGUGUUACCGGCGACUAUUGGAAACUUUUCGGGUGUUCAGAAGCUGUUGCUGGACGGGAACCGGUUCUCGGGUCCAAUCCCGCCGCAAAUCGGCCGGUUACAGCAGCUUUCGAAGAUUGAUUUCAGCGGUAAUGGGUUUUCCGGUCCGAUCGCGAAGGAAAUCAGCCAAUGCGGUCUGUUGACGUUCGUCGAUCUCAGCCGGAAUCAGCUUUCCGGCGAAAUCCCGACUGAAAUCACAGGUAUGCGGAUACUCGACUACCUGAAUUUGUCCAGAAACGAAUUGGUGGGAAGCAUUCCUGCUUCCAUAGCUUCAAUGCAAAGCCUUACUUCAGUUGAUUUUUCGUACAACAACCUAUCUGGGUUAGUUCCUGAAACUGGUCAAUUCAGUUUCUUCAAUGCAACUUCUUUUGUCGGCAACCCGAAUCUCUGUGGCCCGUAUUUGGGUCCUUGUAAAAUUGGGAUUGUAAAUAGUACGCACCAAGGACACGUUAAGGGCUCAUUCUCAGCUUCUCUGAAGCUCCUUCUUGUAAUUGGGUUACUCGUUUGUUCAAUAGCUUUCGCAAUUGCUGCGAUAUUGAAGGCUAGAUCUCUAAAGAAAGCGAGCGAUGCUAGGGCUUGGAAGCUCACGGCUUUCCAACGCUUGGAUUUCACUUGUGAUGAUGUCUUGGAUUGCUUAAAGGAGGAUAACAUUAUAGGGAAAGGAGGUGCUGGGAUAGUUUAUAAAGGGGUGAUGCCGAAUGGCGAUGAGGUUGCUGUAAAAAGAUUACCGGCGAUGACCCGAGGGUCCUCCCACGACCACGGGUUCAAUGCGGAGAUAAAAACCCUAGGGAGGAUACGACACCGUCACAUUGUUAGGUUAUUGGGAUUUUGUUCGAACCACGAAACGAAUUUGUUGGUGUACGAGUAUAUGCCAAAUGGGAGCUUAGGGGAAGUGCUUCAUGGCAAGAAAGGGGGGCAUUUGGAUUGGGACACAAGGUAUAAGAUUGCUGUCGAGGCCGCCAAAGGGCUUUGUUAUCUUCACCACGAUUGCUCCCCGUUGAUCCUCCAUCGCGAUGUGAAAUCCAACAACAUACUUCUUGACUCUGGUUUUGAAGCGCACGUCGCUGAUUUCGGGCUCGCCAAGUUCUUGCAAGAUUCGGGUACUUCGGAAUGCAUGUCUGCUAUUGCUGGGUCAUACGGAUAUAUAGCACCGGAAUAUGCCUACACGCUCAAGGUUGAUGAGAAGAGCGACGUCUACAGCUUUGGUGUGGUUCUUUUAGAACUUGUAAGCGGCAGAAAGCCGGUGGGAGAGUUUGGGGACGGAGUAGACAUAGUACAAUGGGUGAGGAAAAUGACCGACGGCAACAAGGAAGGAGUGCUGAAAAUCCUGGACCCACGACUCCCCACGGUCCCGCUCCACGAGGUGAUGCACGUGUUCUAUGUUGCGCUGCUCUGUGUCGAAGAACAGGCGGUCGAACGUCCGACAAUGCGCGAAGUUGUCCAAAUACUAACAGAGCUUCCAAAGCCACCGCAAAACCCAAAUGCUGUCAUAGAGGCCUCCUCUCCAAAUGCAGCACCUAAGGACACAAAAGAGAAUCAUCAAUCACCACCGGCAGAUCUUCUUAGUAUUUGAGAGUUUUCGAUUUGGGAUGAAUGGGGAGUGUUUGCUUUUAGGUUUUCAGGUUUCCAUGAAUUGGUUUAGGCUGUGGGGAUUUUUUUUUUUUUUUUCACAAUUAUUGGGCGGGGUUUACCAUUUUAACUUCUUAAGACUUGUUAAUGUUUUCUUAAUGUUUGAAUUUUUCCUUUGUACAGUAGGUUUGGUGAGGUAUGUCAUAACAUAGUUUGGGUAGGGUUGUGUUUGCUUUAGUUUUCCAUGGAGAAUAAUUAUUUACGGUAGCGCACAAUUUCAUCC